AUGUUGGCUGUGCUUGCCCAGCUGGUCGUGGUGACCACAGUUGCUGUUGCUGUUCGACAGUCAACUGUUCGGAGCUAUGUAGAGUCAACGCUGGUGUGGAAGAUAGCGACCGGAUUGGGUGCAUUCUGUGAGGCAGUUUUCGUUGCCGUCUUGUAUUUUGACCGGAGGAAGAACUUCUCCCGCCUGCACGAGUGGAGCUUUUGGAUCUCUGCUUUUGCUCAUGACCAGUUUGAGGAACGCGGCGCUUGUAGCGAACAUGACGAUGUAAUGAAGUCUGCAUUUGUGGAAGCAUUGUGCAGCGACUCUGUAGACAGUGCCAUUGCAGUGAUCGAUGACGAUGGCGUAAUUGGCAGACGGGUUUGGUGUGGUUUCGAGCUUUAUUGGGCUAGAGCAAAUCUCAACAACAAGCUGCUUGUUGAUACCGUCAGCGCGACGGGGCUCCUUGGCCAGGGUGAUUCGAACGAAGGUAGCAGAGCGACAAUGUUGGACCUCAUUGACUCGCUGGAAUUUGAGAACGCGCAGUGUACAUACAGCAGCGACAAGGACUCCUGUGAUGCAAAUCCGCGGUCCCGUAUUGCAGCGAUGUCCUUAGGUGGUGCUGAACGUUCAGGCCAUUCGCGUCGCCAUUGA